UAGGGUCCGGCGUGAGCCAAUGCGGUCGGGAGGAGGGGCUAAGCUGUGUGUAGAAGGGGCUUGGGGGAUUGUCGCCGCUAUCGCGGCUUUGGACGCGUGGAACCCCCUGCUGUAGUCUUCAAGUGUAGUGUUAGCUGCUGCCAUGAGCUACACAGGCUUUGUCCAGGGAUCUGAAACCACUUUGCAGUCAACGUACUCAGACACAAGUGCUCAGCCUACCUGUGAUUAUGGAUAUGGAACUUGGAACUCUGGGACAAACAGAGGCUACGAGAACUAUGGUUAUGGCUAUGGCUAUGGCCAGGAUAACACCACCAACUAUGGGUAUGGUAUGGCCACUUCAAACUCUUGGGAAAUGCCUAGCUCUGACACAAAUGCAAACCCUAGUGCCAUGGGUAGUGCCAGUGCCGAUUCCGUUUUGUCCAGAAUUAACCAGCGCUUAGAUAUGGUUCCGCACUUGGAGACAGAUGUGAUACAAGGAGGCGUGUACAGCUCAGGUGGAGAAAGAUAUGAUUCCUACGAGGCCUGUGACUCAAGGGCUGUCCUGAGCGAGCGUGAUCUGUACCGGUCAGGCUAUGACUACGGCGAGCUUGACCCUGAGAUGGAAAUGGCCUACGAGGGCCAGUACGAUGCCUACCGCGACCAGUUCCGCAUGCGUGGCGGCGACACCUUUGGCCCGAGGGCUCAGGGCUGGGCCCGGGACUCGCGGAGUGGCCGGCCAAUGGCCUCGGGCUAUGGGCGCAUGUGGGAAGACCCCAUGGGGGCCCGGGGCCAGUGCAUGCCUGGUGCCUCCCGGCUGCCCUCCCUCUUCUCCCAGAAUAUCAUCCCUGAGUACGGCAUGUUCCAGGGCAUGCGAGGAGGGGGCACCUUCCCAGGUGGCUCCCGCUUUGGCUUUGGGUUUGGCAAUGGCAUGAAGCAGAUGAGGCGGACCUGGAAGACCUGGACCACAGCUGACUUCCGGACCAAGAAAAAGAAGAGAAAGCAAUGUGGCAGUCCUGAUGAGCCAGACAGCAAAGCCACCCGGACAGACUGUUCUGAUAACAGUGAUUCAGACAAUGACGAGGGCACCGAGGGGGAAGCUGCUGAGGGCACUGAAGGCACCGAAGCUGUGGAGAAGGGCUCCAGAGCAGAAGGAGAAGACGAAGAGGGAAAAGAGGAGGGAAAGGAAGAAGGCAAAGAGGAUGCAGACAAGGGGUCCCUGAGCACCCAGGAUGAGAGUGGCCAGACCAAGCGCAAGUUGCAGACAGGCAAGAAGAGUCAGGACAAGCAGAAAAAGCGGCAGCGAGACCGUAUGGUGGAAAGGAUCCAGUUUGUGUGUUCUCUCUGCAAAUAUCGGACCUUUUAUGAGGAUGAGAUGGCCAGCCACCUUGACAGCAAGUUUCACAAGGAACACUUUAAGUAUGUAGGCACCAAGCUCCCCAAGCAGACAGCUGACUUUCUGCAGGAGUAUGUUGCCAACAAGACCAAGAAGACAGAGGAGCUCCGAAAAACUGUGGAGGACCUUGAUGGUCUGAUCCAGCAGAUCUACAGAGACCAAGAUCUGACUCAAGGGAGGGUCAGUGAGAACAGCCUCAGGCCCACGUGGAAUUGGCAGGGCGAGAAAUUGCCAUGGAACAUUUUGUGAAGAAGGUAGAGGCAGCCCACUGUGCAGCCUGUGACCUCUUCAUUCCUAUGCAGUUUGGGAUCAUUCAGAAGCACCUCAAGACCAUGGAUCACAACCGGAACCGCAGGGACGCUGAUGGGAGAAACCACAGUCCAUACGUCUACCUUUUGUUACACUAGCUUUAUUGCUCAUUUCUGGUUCUCUUCAUUUGGAUUCUUCCAGUGGAUUUGCAGUACCAUCUAUAGUCAUUUCCUUAAUAGCCCAGUACUCCUCCCACCUUCUCUGUGCUGUUAUUGGCAACUAUAUUACAUUUCUCUAUGUUACAGGCCAGAUAAUACAAUUAUUUUUAUAUAUUUAGAACGACAUAUAUAUAUAAUAUGUAAAUUUUUUUUGAUUGUGCCCAGGGCAUGCAGAACUUCCUGAACAGGGAUUGCUACUGCACCACAGCAGCAAGCCAAGCUGCUACAGUGACAACACUGGAUCCUUAAUCCACUGUUCCCCAAGACAACUCCUGUAAUUUUUUGGCUUUUUAGGGCCACUCCUGCAGCAUAUGGAAGUUCCCAGGUUAGGGGUUGAAUUGGAGCUACAACUUCCAGCCUACGCUGUAGCCACAGCAGUGUGGGAUCCGAGCUGCAUCUGUGACCUACACCAGAGCUCACAGCAACCCCGGAUUCUUAACCCACUGAGCAACACUAGGGAUCGAUCCCACGUCUUCAUGGAUACUAGUUGGAUUUGUUAGCUCUGAGCCAUGAUGGGAACUCCAGAGAACUCCUAUAAAUUUUUUAAUGUUUAAAUAUAUGUGUGUGUGCUCGUGCGCGUUUGUGUUUACACAAUUCCCUUUUAAAUAAUUUGUGAAGACAGGAAAAGAAAUAGGCAUUUAUAAUGUCUUUUUUAAUUACACAACUAUCUUUAUUAUUCUUCCAUAUGGAUUUCAAUACUGUCUGAGAUAUUUCCUUUGGGCUUAAAGAACUUCCUUUGGUAUUUCUUGUAAGGUCUGCUAGCAACAAAUUCUCUCACUUGUUCUUUGUUAUGGAAUAUCAUUAUUAUUUCACUUUCACUUUCCAGAAAGAUUGCUUUUCUGGGAAUAGGAUUUUUGGUUGACAGUUUUUUCUUUGAGCAUUUUAAGUGGGUUACCCCAGUCGUAUGCCCUCGUUUCUGAUGAGGAGGCAACUUUUAAUGUUUUUGGGGUUAUCUUUUAAGUGAUAAUUCAUUUUUCUCUUGCUACAUUUAAGAUUUUUUCCCCUUGUCUUUGGCUUUCAGCGUAUUUACUAUAAUGUCUCUUUUUGUGGAUCUUUUUAUGUUUAUUCGGAUUUUGUUGAGUUUCUUGGAUGUAUAUUUUAAAGUUUUUCAUGAGAAUAGGGCAGUUUUCAGCCAUUCUUAAUUUUGUGUGUAUGUAUGUGUGUGUGUGUGUGUGUCCUUUUUAGGGCAGCUCCCACGGCACAUGGAGGUUCCCAGGCUAGGGGUCUAAUAGGAGCUGUAGCCGCCAGCCUACACCACAGCCACAGCAAUGCAGGAUCCAAGCCGCGUCUAUGACCUACACCACAGUUCAUGGCAAUGCCAGAUCCUUAACCCACUGAGCAAGGUCAGGGAUCGAACCUAAAACCUCAUGGUUCCUAGUAGGAUUCGUUAACCACUGAGCCACAACAGGAACUCCCCAGCCAUUAUUUCUUUAGAUUUUUUUUUUUCUCCUUUUCUUCCAGUACUCUCAUUAUGUAUGUUCUGGGUCACCUAAUGAUGUCCUGGGUUGUCUAAGACAGUUCGUUUUUCUUCAUUCUUUUUUCUCUGUUCUUCAAACCAUAUGAUCUCUACCCAUCUACACAUUUGCUAAAUCUGCCAAUUUAAAUCUCCUUUUGAGCCCCUCAUAAUUUCUAUCCCUUUAUUGAUGCUCUCUAUUUGAUGAGACAGUAUCAUCAUAGCUUUUACUUCAAGCACGGUUCUUUUUAGUUCUUUAAACAUAUUUAUAAUGGCUGCUUUGAAGUCUUUGUUAAAUCUGACAUUUGGCCACUGGCACAAGCAGUUUCUUUUGCCUUUUUUUCCUGGGUGUGGGUCAGAGUUUCCUUUGCAUGUCUUAUAAUUUUUUGUUGGAAACUAGACAUUUUAGGAAAUAUAUUGUGGCAGCUCUAGGUACUAGUCCUCUCCCAUUCCAGGUCUUGUUAUUUGUCUGUUUUAGUGACUAGUUAAAUUGUUUUAGUGAAAUGUCUUUCAUCCCAACAGUGUGAAGCCUUCAAAGAGGAAGCCGUAGGCAGUACACAGCAACCCUUGGGUGGGGGCAGUUUUGAUAAAGCUCUCUUUGUCUUUUUCCUUUACUAUACUAAGCUUUUAAUCUCCACAAGUUUUUGGCUGAUUGCUCUGUUUUCAACAAUGUCUAGAGGCAUUAAAUUACUCUAAUCUGGAGUUGCCACGGUGGCACAAUGGUAUUGGCAGCAUCUCUGGAGCAUUGGGACACAGGUUUGAUUCCCCCAGACCCACACAGUGAGUUAAAGAUCCAGUGUUAAUACAAAUGUAAUAAGCUCAGAUCUGAUCCCUGGCCCAGGAAUACCAGAUGCUGCAGGACAGCCAAUAAAGAAAAAAAAAUUUUUUUAAUUGCUCUAAUCCAAUUAAAUGGCUCUUUUUCCAAUUAAAUUUGGGCUCCUUUAUGGGGAUUGUUUUUUGAAGUCAUUGCUUGAGAUUUAGUCUGAACCCAGGGAGGCUCUUCAUACAUGUCUGUUUUACUGAUUCUCUCUGGUAACCUAAAGAACCAUGGUUUGGUUUGUAUUUUUUUAUCAAAUCUACCACUCUUCUUUUCAAUGCUUUUCUCUAUACCUCCCCAUGUUGUGAGAGAGCCCUUAGUCUUGAACUUCCCCUACACUUUUUUUUUGUUUGUUUGGUUUUUUUGCCUUUUUCUUUCGCUAUAUCCUGGGCCAAGGAUUGAAUCUGAGCUGCAUCUGCCUCAACACCAGAUCCUUAAACCACUGCAUGGGGCCGGAAUCAAACCAACAACACCACAGAGACAAGUUGUAUCAUUAACUCACAGCACCAGAGCAGGAACUCCAAACUUUCUCAUACUCAUAAAAAAGAGAAGUUCCUUUCGAAAGAGACUAGGGAAUUCAUUGUUUUAAGGCAUGCCCUUCCCUUUGGGUAGAACCUCUGAACCCAGGCUUCUGAGCUGGGAGUGGGGAUAAGAGUGCUUCUCUUAACUACACUGUUUGGUUUUUUUUUUUUUUUUUUUUUUUUAUUACUCAAUGAAUUUAUUACAUUUGUACUUGUACAAUGAUCAUCACAGUCCAAUUCUAUAGGAUUUCCAUCCUACAACUCCAACACAUUCCCCCACCCCCGAACUGUCUCCUUUGGAAACCAUGAGUUUUUCAAAGUCUGUGACUCAGUGUCUGUUCUGCAAAGAAGUUCAUUGUGUCCUUUUUCAGAUUCCACAUGUCAGUGAAAGCAUUUGAUGUUGGUGUCUCAUUGACUGACUGACUUCACUCAGAAUGAUAAUUUUUAGGUCCAUCCAUGUUGCUAAAAAUGCCAGUAUUUUGUUCCUUUUAAUGGCUGAGUAAUAUUCCAUUUGUAUAUGUACCAUAUCUUCUUGAUCCACUCCUCUGUUGAUGGACAUUUAGGUUGUUUCCAUGUCUUGGCUAUUGCAAAUAGUGCUGGAAUAAACAUUGGAGUACAUGUGUCUUUUCGAGUCAUGGUUUUCUCUGGAUAGUUGCCCAGGAGUGGGACUGACUCCACUGUUUUAGAAGAGAUCAGUGUGGAAAAAGCUAUAGCCUCUGGUCGACUUGAUUUGGUUUGCCUCUCUGGGCGUGGGACCUCUGCUCUGUGAACAAGCCAGAGCUAGAGCAAUGUAAGGUUAAGUCUCCAAUCCAUGAGUGGAAGCUAGAUAGAAGAGAGAGCCCCCACCUCUUACCUGAAUUUGCCUAGAACUUAGCCUCAGCAGCAGGCAGUUAAGAGGCAGAGUGGGAAACAUUAACAUUCUGCCUCUCUUAGGAAUAUAUAUCCCUCAAUGGAGAUGACCUGAGUAGAGAGAAAGGCCUGUGUUCCUUGAAAGCACUGUCUAGAGUGGAGUUUCUGUUAUGCUGAGCUGUGGAAGGCAGGGAAGCAACAGGCCAUGUUCUAACCACCAUGACUCAUGCUCUCCUUACUGAGUUUUAGUAGUAGCUUUUUCUUAAUAAAUGUUUCUUCAUUUGCUAUAUGUCCUUAAUACUGUUUCCAAAGACUUAAGAUAGUUUUUUUUGUUUGUUUUUUGGUUGUUUUUUUGUCUUUUUAGGGCCCAACCUGCAGCAUAUGGAGGUUCCCAGGCUAGGCGUUGAAUUGGACCUGUAGCUGCUGGCCUGUGGCACAGCCACAGCAAUGUGGGAUCCGAGCCUCAUCUGCAACUUGCACCACAGCUCACGGCAAUGCCAGAUCUUUAUCCACUGAGCAAGGUCUCGGAUCAAAUCUAUGUCUUCAUGGAUACUAGUCGUGUUUGUUAACUGCUGAGCCAGGAUGGGAACUCCUGUUUUGGGGUUUUUUUUAAAUAGUUUUUUUGUUUCUUUAGGGAUCAAGUCCAUGGAGCUUCUCAGGCUGCCAUGUCAGAAUUCUAUCCUCUGAUUCAUUUCUAGGAACCCUUUUAACCUUAAUAUUAGAAAUCUGGUAAGGAUGUUAAUGAGGUGAAACUGUAAAUUAGUUUAUUAAAGAAUAAAAGUGUUGGAGUUCCUGUCAUGGUUCAGUGGUUAACGAACCUGGCUAGGAUCCAUGAGGAUGAAGUUUUGAUCCCUGCCCUCGAUCAGUGGGUUAAGGAUCCGGUGUUGCCAUGAACUGUGGUGUAGGUCACAGAUGCAGCUUGCAUCUGGUGUGGCUGUGACAGGCCAGCAGUUGUAGCUCUGAUUCAAUACCUAGCCUGGGAACUUACUUGUCUUGCAGGUGCAGCCCUAAAAUUAAAAAAAAAAAAAAAAAAAAAAAAAAAAAAAAGAAUAUAAAGUGCUAAGUAAAAGUGCUAAGUAAAAUAUUACUAAAAUUACUACUUAUCAACUAGUAGAGAUUCAAAUGUGUAACUCUAUAAGUAAAAUUUGCUUCUGGAAUAUAAGAAUGGUUCAAUAAAAAACUAGUAACAGUAUAAAAUACUGGAAAUGAACAUUGUUGAUGUGCAAAUAAUGUGAUUAUAUUCUUAGAAAAGCUGAAUGAUUUCAACAAAAAAUGUUCUUAGAAUUAAUAGAAUUUGGUAAGAAGGCAGGAUUCAAAAUUAAUAUAUCAAAAGUAAUAGUUUUUCUCCAUUCGAGUAAUAAUAAUACCUAGUUAGAAACAUAGAUGGGAAAAAUGACCACAAAAUGUGUGAAAUACUAGAAAUGUAAUGAAGAAAAGUAUGGUAUCUUAAACUUCAAGGAUAUGAAACAAGACCUCAGUGAAUGGGCGGGAAGUACUGUGUUCUUUUCUUUUUUGGGGGGGGGGAUCUUUUUAUUUUAGGGCUGCACCUGCAGCAUAUGGAGGUUCCCAGGCUAGGGGCUGCAUCAGAACUGUAAGCUGCCAGCCUACACCACAACCACAGCAACACUGGAUCCUUAACCCACUGUGCGAGGCCGGGGAUGGAACCUUCAUCCUCAUGGAUGCCAGUCAGAUUCCUUUACACUGAGCCAUGACAGGAACUCCAGUACUGUGUUCUUAGAUAGGAGAUUUAAUAACAAAGCAAAAACCAGCUCCUUUUUUUUUUUUUAAUCUUUUUAGGGCUACACCCACAACACAUGGAUAGUCCCAGGCUAGGGGUCCAAUUGGAGCUGUAGCUACUGGCCUAUACCAUACCCAUAGCAAUGCCAGAUCCAAGCCAUGUCUGCAAUGUACACCACAGCUUACAGCAAUGCCAGAUCCUUAUGCCACUGAUUGAGGCCAGGGAUCGAACCUGAGUCCAUGGAUACUAGUCGGGUUCAUUAUUGCUGAGCCAUGAUGGGAAUCCCAAGUCUCUCCAUAUUAAUGUAGACAGUGCAGUUGCAGUCAAAAUCUGGAGAGGAAGACUGGCUGAAAUUAAAAUGUUUUAUUUGUAGAGUUAAAUCUUGGCUCCAAGAAAACUAUACAAAGGGCAGUGACAACAGAUAUAACUUAUACAAGAGCCAAUGCAAUUGAAAACAAGUGAUAAUGGAGUUCCUGUCGUGGCUCAGUGGAAAUGAAUCCAACCUAGUAUCCAUGAGGAUGUGGGUUCCAUCUCUGACCUCACUCAGUGGGUUAAGGAUCCAGCAUUGCCGUGAGCUGUGGUAGAGGUCACAAACACAGCUCAGAUCUGGUGUUGCCGUGGCUGUGGUGUUGGCCAACAGCUACAGCUCUGAUUCAACCCCUAGCCUGCGAACCUCCACAUGCAGCGGGUGCGGCCCUGGAAAAAAAAAGAGAGAGAGAAAACAGGUAAUAUUGGCAUAGUAAUAAAACAUGGAACCAGAAUAGAGUCUAAUGAAAGAUCUCAGUGUUUUGGAACUCAGUAUUAAAGUCAGUACAGGUCUCUUAUUGGAAACUCAGAUGUUUUUGAAAUAACUUGGAUUUCAGAACAGCUACAUGAUAUGAUCGCUAACAUCUCCAGCAGGAUCUGGGAAAGUGCCUUUGUAAUUGAACCAUCAAUAAUUCUUCAAGUGACUUGUUUAAAUGGGAUAAAUAAAGAUGGUAUAAAAAUACAAUGUCGAAAAUAAAAAAUAUAUGCUGCCAUAUUUUGCCACCAAGUGAAUUUUAGGUGGAAAAACUUUUCCUUUUGGAUUUCAGAUUUGUGGAUAAGGGAUUGUAGAUCUCUAUGUCAGUUCAACAGGAAGAAACAAUAGUUUAUCAUAUACACUCUGGAAAGUUGAAUUCUCAAAAUCUUAAGUGUGUGUGUGGGUAGGAGAACAAAAUUUAGGAAAUGCUUACCUUGACAUUAAAAGAAGCCUUCCUGAAGAAGCUAGGAAACCCAGAGACUAUGUGAGAGAUGACGACUUUAUAGAAAUGCUGGACAAGUUGGCCCAAUGUGUGUAUUGAAUUCCCUAUGAGUAGGGAAAUGCCACUAGAGACAACAUACAUUCUUCUCUCUUUGAUCCUGCAGUAAAAGUGCUAACAUCUAAUGCUGACAGGCAGAGGACAAGUACAUUGUUUUAGUACAGGUGAAAGAAGCAUAACUUAUUUCUGCAGAGUACUCAGGCACUAUCACUUUCAGAAACCUGUUUGGUAGAAUUAAAAGCACCAGCGUGGAAGCAUUUUAUUCUGGUGGUGUUUGGUUAUUGUAGCAAAAAUCUGAAAACAGCAUCAAUGUGCUUCAAUUGGGAGACAUUCUGGUGUGUCCAUCUGUGCACCAAGAGGGGGAAGGAUAAUGUGUUGGCAAGUGAGAAAGUUACAGAGGAACUAGUCUGUAAUAGUAUCCUAAUUGUGCAUCUUUAACUUGUUUCAUUUUGAGCAGGCAUGAGGUCUGUUAAUGUUUUCCCUGUGUAGUAAAGAAAAAUGUGUAGAGAAAAAAUGGUGAAGGUGGGGAAAGGGAAUAGAAAGAUGAUUUUCUGGAACGUGGUAUAUAAAGCAUUGGCUAAGGUUGAAUAUGGGUUCUGGAGGUCAGCUUUCCCCCCACAACCCUCCCAGUAACUUUUUUUACCCCCUGUUGAUGGCUUUAUGCUGCAUUACCUUUAUAACAAUGAAAUUAAGAGUUGCCUUUACUCUCACCACCAAGAAAGUCCUGCAGUAUUUUGGUGUAAAUCAUCCUAGACAAAAAGGUUCUGGCAUGCUAUGCACACUGUUCUAUCUUUCUUAUAUUAGGGGAGAGAUGAGCCCUAUUUUAAGGACAGCAUGGUGUUCUUUUUAAUGUCUGAUGUAUUUAACCACUUCUUCCCUGGAGAACAUUUAGGUGCUUUCCAGUUUUUCACUGCAGCCAGUGAAAAACAUGCAUGCUUCCAAUUUUAAAUUUAGGCUAGAUUUCCAGAAGGAAUUACUGAGGUUUUUUUUUUGUUGUUCUUUUUUUUGCUUUUUUAAGGGCCGCACUCAUGGCAUAUGGAAGUUCCCAGGCUAGGGGUUGAAUCAGAGCUACAGCUGCUGGCCUAUGCCACAGCCACAGCAACACCAGAUCCAAGGCACAUCUUCCACAUACGCCACAGCUGACAGCAACCCACUGAGUAAGGCCAGGGAUGGAACCCACAUCCUCAUGGAUCCUAGUCGGGUUGGUUAACCACUGAGCCAGGUUGGGAACUCCAAAAACUUUUACUUUUGAUACAUUCUAUCAAACUGAUUUGCAGAAAAUAAACAGUUGAACCUCU